AUGCCCAGUGGCCUUCGCGUCGCUUGUGCGUGCACCCUCACACGGUGCACCGCUGCUGUCUCCGCCGGAUCAUCGUCGCAGUUGGUUCCGCUUCUCACUGCGCGUCGCUGUCAGGCCAGUGAUCAGUUCCACCGCUACCUGCAUAACCCGCAUAUUGUGCAGCCGGACGGCGUCGACUCGCUCCCCCGCACCAAAGGUGACCAGCAGCAGUGGCUCAACACGGAGCAGUGGGAUGGCUACAGCACCACGUACCUGCAGCGACACAUGCAGUACCCACCGACCAACGAGCAUCCCAACGUGCAACUCAACAUCAGUCACCCGCUUCUGCAGAAAUGUCUGCAGAGCUGCUACGAGUACUAUGGCGACCUCGCCGAUAAGUUGCAGGAGCUUCACGACGAUCCACUUCACCCGCGAUUUCAUGCAAAUAUUGCCCACGUAAAGAAGGAACGUGAAAAAAUCGCUGUUGAGUUGGACCGCGUGUACGCAGAGCUGCAUCCGACUGUGAAGUCAGUGUAUGAUGCGUAUCUAGUCCGCCGCUACUACCACCUGGGCGACUGGAUCACACACGUGGAACAAAAGCGGCACAACCUGCUCUGUCGCCUCUCGCCAGAGUAUAUCCGACAGGCGGAGCGUGCGAGGGGAGUGGCUGCUCACUUUCUGGACCGCCUUAAACAGCUCGAAGCGGCCUUCAUGCACAAUCCAACGCUUGGUCUACUCACCGAUGAAGGCGAUGGUCGCUACACGCAUGACGAGUUGGUGAUGCUGCGGCAAAAGGCAGCAUAUUUUCGAAAAAUGCGUCAACUGGGGGUCAACCAGCAGGACGCCGACGUACAUACGCACUAG